AGGGAGCGCGUACGCAGAGGACCUGGGAAGUAGCGACGUGCGGAGGCGCCGCCGCGUUACAACGUCCGGUGAUGGCGGCCCGUGUGUAGGACUCCAUGAGGCGGGGAAACGGAGCACCGUAUCGCGGUGGGGGGAAACCGAGAACGUCCGAGGCCAUGGCGGGCGUGUUUGAUAUAGACCUGGACCAGCCAGAGGACGUCAUUUCGGAUGACGAGUUGGAGGACGGGGGAAUUAUAAGUGAAUUUAUGGACCAUGGAAACAUAUCAUUUGAACUUGAUAUGGAAAAUUGUGAGAAGUUUGAGAUCUCAGAAACCAGUGUGAAUAGAGGGCCAGAAAAGAUCAGACCAGAAUGUUUUGAGCUACUCAGAGUGCUUGGCAAGGGUGGCUAUGGCAAGGUUUUUCAAGUAAGAAAAGUAGCUGGAGCUCACACUGGAAAUAUAUUUGCCAUGAAAGUUCUGAAAAAGGCUAUGAUUGUAAGAAAUGCAAAAGACACGGCACACACAAAAGCUGAGCGGAAUAUCUUAGAAGAAGUAAAGCAUCCUUUCAUUGUGGAUUUGAUCUAUGCCUUUCAAACUGGUGGAAAACUCUACCUCAUUCUGGAGUAUCUUAGUGGUGGGGAGCUCUUCAUGCAGCUGGAAAGAGAAGGGAUAUUUAUGGAAGAUACCGCUUGCUUUUACUUGGCUGAGAUCUCGAUGGCUUUGGGACAUUUGCAUCAAAAAGGAAUAAUAUAUCGUGAUCUGAAACCGGAGAACAUCAUGCUAAAUCAUCAAGGGCAUGUGAAAUUGACAGACUUUGGCCUUUGUAAGGAAUCCAUUCACGAUGGCACAGUCACUCAUACGUUUUGUGGGACAAUAGAGUACAUGGCUCCUGAAAUUUUAAUGAGAAGUGGUCAUAAUCGUGCAGUUGAUUGGUGGAGUUUGGGAGCCUUGAUGUAUGACAUGCUAACUGGAGCACCACCUUUUACUGGUGAAAACAGAAAAAAGACAAUUGACAAAAUCCUGAAGUGUAAACUAAACUUACCCCCCUACCUCACACAAGAAGCCAGGGAUUUACUUAAAAAGCUGCUAAAAAGAAACGCUGCCUCACGUCUUGGAGCAGGAGCUGCAGAUUCUGGGGAUGUACAGGCUCACCCAUUUUUUAGGCACAUCAGCUGGGAUGAUCUUUUGGCCCGUAAAGUGGAGCCUCCAUUUAAACCGCUUUUGCAAUCUGAAGAAGAUGUAAGCCAGUUUGAUUCAAAGUUUACACGUCAGACUCCUGUAGACAGUCCAGAUGAUGCCACUCUCAGUGAAAGUGCCAAUCAAGUAUUUGUGGGUUUUACAUAUGUGGCUCCUUCUGUGCUGGAAAGUGUGAAAGAGAAGUUUUCAUUUGAACCAAAAAUUCGGUCUCCUCGUAGAUUUAUUGGAAGUCCUCGAACACCUGUCAGCCCUGUGAAGUUCUGUCCUGGUGAAUUCUGGGCAAGAGGAACAGCUGCUGGAUCAACCAACACACAACCAUCAGCUGAUUUCCGAAUGGAAACAAGUGGCGUUGAACAAAUGGAUGUGACUGUAAGCGGAGAGGCUUCUGCCCCACUACCAAUAAGACAAUCCAAUGCUGCACCAUACAAAAAACAAGCUUAUCCCUUGAUCCCUAAGCGACCAGAACAUCUACGUAUGAAUCUAUGACGGUGAAUUUUUUCCUGAUGCAUUCAGACUAAUACUGGUGAUGAUCCCAAGGAAUUUUAAAAUCUAGCUUACAAACAAGCAAGUGCAUAGAUUUUGGCUUCAAAUCCCCAAAAGCGGGACAUACAUUUGUGGUCUCUGUUACUGCAUAAAGCAGACUGGACAAACUGAUGAACAAACAUACAUUUAAAAAAAUACAACUAAUAUAUAAAUAUAUAUAUACACAAAUAUAUAUAUAUAUCUAUCAAUCAGUGGUGCAUAAAAAAAAAAGCAGAUUGAGACUGCAUUCUAGACAUGGAGCAAAUGUAUUAAUAAGUUCCCAGCAAAUUCUUUCAAUGUCACAGAAGGAACAUAAACCAUAUUGUGUUCAUGGAUUUAAUUUUAUUUCAGAAGUUUACAUUUUUCUAAAUCACCAUAAAACAGUGGUUGGAGUAUAAGAAGUCAAUCUUCAGAGACAAGUACUGGGUUAAAAAAAAAAAAAAAAUUGUGAAAAUCAAAGAUACCAAAUUGUCUUAAUAGGUUUGAUUGUGCAAGGUGGUUAAAAGUGUAAUAGGAUUUUUUUGAUCCAGAAAACAGUUGACAAGUAUCAGUGACUAACUACUUGUGUGUUAGUUUUUUUUUUUACCCAAAAACCCAAACGGCAGUCUUCCAUUAUGUUAUGGGGACAGUAAUGCAAUAUAUGUCUCCUUCAUCAGUGUGGUUGAUUUGCAUUCUUGAAAACAUAAUGUGCUCUUUUGCUGUUCAUCAUGCCAGCAAAAAUAAGAUGAGUUUUGAAGGCCGGCAAUGUAUUUAAAGUGAAUGCAAGGCACAAAUGUACCUUGACACUUGAGUGUUACAAUCAUGUCAUGUAUUUCAUAGUCAUUCUCUUCUUGUUUAUUGCUCCCACAGUCUUUGGUCUGGCAGUCCUUCCUGUUAGAAAGUCAAAUGCUGGGACUUAAAGAUUGUAAAAGUAUUAAAUGGCCUUUCUACUCAUGUCUUCCAUGUUGAGGGAAUAAUGUCCCUGGACCUAGGGAAUGUUAUCACACUGCUGGUCUUGUUUUUGAUCCUGUAUGAAUGGCUUAUAGGUACAAAGAAAGAAAUAAAGGUAACUUUACCUUAACUGCCUUAACAAAGCAAUUUCAUAAAACAUCACAAAGAGUAUUAACAGUGAUCAUUUUAUCAUGGUGUACAUUUUAAAAAUUGUCCUAUUGACAUGUCAACUGUCUGUGUAACAUUGACAUAUAGAAUGAAUUGUAUAUGGCGUUUUUAGACUGGAAUAUGGUAGCAUUGGUCAAGGCAGCAUUAUAUUGUUUUUAUAAAAUUGAUUUCAAUCCACAUAUGAGCUGUAGGAAACAAGCCAUAGAAAUGUUUAUACAAUAUCACUAACCAAAUUUAAGAUAAACCUUGGUCCCGCAGAAUAAACUCUCUGUAUGGUGAACUUACACAGGUCCCCCUCCUUGACCGCCCCUUCCGGGGGGAUAUACCGUACCCCUGGCAUGGAUAUACCAUGCCCUGGUAUAUCCAUGGCUUAGAAAUCCUCUCAGCUGAAUGUCCAAAAUUUCCCUAGUCAGGGAUGUUUUGAACCAUUCAAAUUGGUCAGCGCUGUCACAUGGGUGGCGCUGACAAAUUAACAGUCUCAUAGCCGGUCCUGUCAGCUAUGAAGAUGCCGCGUGGAUGCAUAGUAUUUCUAAGCCCUGGCGCGGAUAUACCGGGGCUUAGAACCGGAUAUUUCGAUGGUCCAGGCCAGUGUGUGUGGGGGGGACCCAGUGUACUUUCACUGUACAGAUUUUUCUGUAAAGGUGAACUUACACUUUAAUUAACCUAAAGUAGCCCGAGUAUCUAUUGUAGAUUGGGGCAUACAGGUUGAGGUUCCCUUUUUAACCUGAACAUUCUGUGGCUGUCAAAAUGUGAAUAUUGAGGUAUAUAGUUGAGCUUUAGUCAAUGGCACCUAUUACACUCAAGUGGGUGUUAGCGUCUGGACUAAAACUUCUAAUCUACAGCAAUGAUCAAGCACUGAUGGAUUAAUUUGCAUUUGCUUCGGCUCUCAUAGGCCCUUUCUGCAGAGGGAGGGAGGGAACAUAAUGGGAUGAUGUAAAUUUGGCUUUUCUCAGUAUAGAUAACUUAAUCCUAUGUAAUUAAGGUAUCUUUUUUUCCCCCCACAGUAUGAGAAUAAAUAUCAGUAUGAGCCUGAUCAUUCAGUCUUCCGGUGUUUGAUAUGAAGCUGCUUUUCAUUAGCCAUGCUUUUUUUUUUUUUUUUUUUCUUCUCUCCUUUUUAAUUUUGAUUAUUUGCGUAGGAAACGGCACAAUACUUAAUCAUCUUUGGCUCUCUUGAAGAUUACAAGAAAUACCAUACAACCAUUAUCUUAGUUCGAAGGUUGUAAAGGGGAGAUUUUUUUCCAGAGGUUUUUAUUUUUAACAGAAAGCUACAUAAAAUUUGAUACGGAGUCCCAUAAUUGUUUUACUAUGCAUUAUUUUAAUAAAUUGUAUUUUUUUUAUAAUGUCCUAGGACUUCUCAUCCAGUAACUGUUUUUUAUCUAUUUUCCAUAAUAAAUGAACUGAAUGCCA